AUGGCGAUGAAGGAUGCCAUCGGUGUCGACGACCUCGAUGUCGUGGUCGGCGUCCGCGACAUGCCAGAAUACUCUAGCCUGCUGAUUGAAAGGCUCAAUCCAGGUCCAGUCAUCGUCGUCAGCUUCCUCGGCGGCCACCUCGCGGACGUUGGGCGAAGAGGCCGCGGUAAAGCUCUUUUAGGAUAUUCGCUCCUCGAGCUCCCCGCCGCCACGUCGCCACCGCCGGCCUUCUCUCUCUCCUCCGCGCCGCCGGCCGCGGAGCCCAUCGCGGGCCCGCACGGGCCCGAACCGCCGCCGCCGAAGCCCGCCCGCUGCCGCCCACAUGCCCCGCGCGCCCGGGUCGCCACCUCGCCGGCGUUCAUCGUCCGCCGCCGCCUCGACCCCACCGGAGUGCGCCGCCCUCGUGCACCACCACCGCUGUCCUCGCGCACCACCGCCGCCUCCCGCGCGCCGCCCCGCGCCUCCGCCGUCCAUCAGACGCCGCCCGCGCUGCUCGCCGCCAUCGCUCGCCUCGCCGACGACCGUCGCCCGCGCCCUGGCCGCGCCGUCCCCGCGCCUCCCCAACGUCCCCGCACCUCGCCGGAGUCGCCUCCGACCUCGCCGGAGCCGGGGUGGACGAGAUCCACCAAGUCCACGAAGCAAACGCGCGCCAUCCCGCUCGGAUCCCUCCGUCCCGGUUCGACCUCGUCCCGUUUCGCGAGGAUUGCUAUGUACACAGAUGAGGCUCCGGCAGCGGCGCCGCCGGCUGUAGAUCCUACACACGGCAGCGCGGGCAGAAGCAGCCAUGCCCCUGGAUCUGAGGAACCCAUAGAAUAUUGGGCGGACCGCAUCAGCGAUCUCCUGGACGCCAUCCUUAGGGAGACCAUCUUCCUUCUCCCCGCCAAGGAUGGCUGCCGCACAUAG